CGGGCGGAAGGUUUUCCCGCACGGACCAGACCAGGCUGCGCCGGGAGCGGGAGUUAUGGCGGGCUGGGGGCGGCUGCUGCGCCGGGCGGGGCUGCGCCUGCUGGCGGGAGGUCCGGGCGGCCCCGUGCAGGCGGCGGCCGCUACCGGGAACAGGGGACCCUGGUGCUUUAUAGUCAGGCAUAUUAAUAGCGCCACCUGGUGGGAUGAACAUCUUUCUGAAGAGAACACCCAGUUCCUUAAGCAGUUAACAGCGGAAGAAUUCAGAGCUCAAACAGCCAGUAAACUGUGUCCACUGAAAGAUGAGCCCUGGCCACUGCACUCAUGGGAACCAGGUUCCCGCAGAGUUGGCCUUGUCGCAAUAAAGUUGGGAAUGGUUCCGUUAUGGACCAAGAAUGGUGAAAGACAUGCUGUCACAUUACUUCAGGUGAAAGACUGCCAUGUUUUAAAGUACACACCAAAGGAGGAGUAUAAUGGAAAAACAGCUACCCUAAUCAUUGGAGGGAAAAAUUCAUCUCCUUUUUAUAAACCAGAGUCAGCAUUGGAGGUUUUCAGGGAAGCAGGAGUACCACCAAAGCAGAAGACUACAAUAUUUAAGGUGUCAGAUAAUGCUAUAAUUAAGCCAGGUACGCCUCUGUAUGCAGCUCACUUCCGUCCAGGGCAGUUUGUGGAUGUCACUGCCAAAACAAUUGGUAAAGGAUUUCAAGGAGUCAUGAAAAGAUGGGGAUUUAAAGGCCAGCCGGCCAGCCAUGGCCAAACUAAAACACACAGAAGACCUGGGGCAAUAUCCAACACUAAUGCUGGCAAAGUUUUCCGUGGAACAAAAAUGCCUGGGAAAAUGGGUAAUGUCUACAGGACCACUUUUGGAUUAAAGGUGUGGAGGAUCAACACAAAGCACAACAUUAUUUAUGUAAAUGGUUCUGUCCCAGGUCACAAAAAUUGUUUGGUAAAGGUCAGAGAUACAAAUUUACCUUCUUACCGAGACUGCAUUAAAAAUCCUCCAUUCCCCACAUUUUUUGCUGAUGGAGAAGAAGAGCUACCAGAAGACUUGUACGAUCAGGAAGUUUUCCAGUUCACCGAUCCCUCAGUCACAUAUGUUUAGCGUUAUUGACAUCUUUAACAACGUGCAGCUUUCACAUUAUUUCUGUGAACUUUGCAAAGCUGAACAAUUACAAACCCAGAAACUGCACUCUAGUUGAAUGACCUGAACGCAUCAAACAUUGUGGGGUUUUUUUUCAGGUAGCAAGAUUUACCACAAUCUGUUCCAAACCCGUAUUAAAACAGUGGGUGGUGUUAAGUUGGUGUGUCUGAGGGAAGGGUUUCAAAGUAAUGGGUAUAUUGCUGACUUUUUACAUUUAAAAAAUUGCUUCUUGUAACUUUUUCCCUCUCACAGACUGCCAAGAUUUCUUUAACUCCAUUGUCUUGGAAUUGCGUGCAUCAGUUACGUGAUUGAUGAAGUUGAGACUAUUAACAGAACAAAAUGUAUAGUUGUUUUUUUCCCUGAGGGAUAUGUACUGAUUAACUUUGACUAACCAGAAAAUAAAAGGUUUAUUAAAUAUCCCAUUUUGCCAUCUGGGGACAUAAAUGGAGUGUCUAGGACUUUACAAAAAAUGAACUUGAAAAUGUCGAGUAGAACGGGGCAGGAGAGCGGGGGAAGAAUUCUAGUUCUCUCUUUUCCAGGCCGAACGCCAUAGGCAAUUGCCCCAGAGUGCCUCCGGGGCUAUAAUCUUUUCUACCUUUCAUUUCCCUUUCCUCUUUAUUUUAGUGCUCUGAGUUUAGAGCAACAGUUACACAAUAUACAUUUCCUAGAGGACAGAAUGAGACUAGCAAUGUCUGUCUGGUAAGAGUUGUGGCAGUGCUCGCUGGCUAGAAAGGCUAGACACAGAGACUAUAAUAGCUGCCUGUUUGUCCCCUUCAUAGGCUCCUUGUUCUGAUAACUUUAUGAAAAUGUCCCUUGCAUAAGGUAUCUAGAGAAAUAUGUCCCCUUCAUAGCUGAGAUUUUAUAUUGUUAUGGAAGAGCUUUGGGCCUGCCCUAGUCGUCAAAAAUGAGCCAAGUGUGAAGGGUCUAUUGUACAAUUAAUUUCUCCCUAUCACUCCCAUCUCCCACCCAGGCAUUCUUUUAUAAUGGUCAAAGUGCAAGUACUCUCUGUUUGGCUUUCUCCACCUUCCAUAAGUUAUUUACUGUUUAAAGGCCUGAUCCUUUAAACCAUUACUUUACGUGCAUGAACUUUUCCUUUGAAGUCCAUAGGACUAAUCGCAAGCAUAAAUGAAAUAUGUACCUAUCUGUUUGCUGAAUUGGCACCUAAUUGCCUACCACGUGCUUUGCACAGUACAAGAUUUGCAUUCACAUGUAAUGUUGGGGAGGAGGGCAUCCCUAGGCAAAGUCCCGUUUUAUGUCUACACUUCAUGUAAUGGUUGUCAGGAAAUCCAUCCAUUAAUUUUGUGCAGCUUCACUACAAAAGUUGAUGUACUUUAAAAUGUAUUUUAUAUUUUACUAAAUGAUUUACCGAAACCUUGUGAACAAGUAUGUAUACCCAUCCCAGAGCUGAGGUCCCAUCCCAUUUAAAAGCAAUAUUCAUGGAGUUAUCUCAGUUUAUCCCUGAAGUUUACUGAAGGUAUUUUGAAUUUGUUAUACUGUAUCCAAGAGAUUAGAACAUCUUUUAUACAUGUUAGAUAUUCACAGGGGACAUAGUAAUUUGGGAGGGGUAAUUGUUGAUAUAUUUAGUGCACUAAAUACAGAACUGUGAACUGGUAAUGUCUAUGUUGUUGCCACAUAGCUUGGUUUAAUCUCAACAAGUAUCUCUUAUUAUAAGUAAAUAGGGAUACUGCAUAACACUCUCCCUUUGCCCCUUCAAAAAUAAAAUCAGGCCAGUCACCAAUGCUCAUAUAUCAUAAACCAAGGGUUGCCGACCCCUGUCAUAAACCUUAGAAGUACAUUGCUAAGAAGUUAGCACUAGCCCUUUCCAUUAUAAAUCAUGUAUUCCAAUUGGGUUUUUUUUAAGUGUCCAUGAGAAAGUGGAAUGUCGUAAUCUGAUGCACAGAAUGGUCCUACUAAUACAUGCAAUUUAGCCUCCUGCUGGCAACAAUAUUGUUUCCUGAGGAUAAACCCUUCAGCGUUUGACGUGAUGAACCUCAAGUUAUUAUAACAUUUUAAUUUUAUUUGUAUUGCUCUCUGAAUAUAAUGUAAAUUGAAUGACUCUUUUCUCUUACAGAUACUCCUUUGUGUCUUUUUUUGCAACUGUAUUUGCAGUGGUUAAUACUGUACAGCUGCAUAGAGUGAAAAUAAAGAAACCAAUCAAAUCAAA